GUCUCUUCUAAGGAGGGAGCUGGCCUGGUGGAGCAGCUCCCUAAUGGUAGUGGAGGAGGGGGUCGCAAGCGGCCCCUGGAGGAGGGCAACAAUGGUCACGCACACUCCAAAUUCAGACCCAAGAAACGUAAGAAAACACUAGGGCCGGUUCUGCCCAAGAACGCCCUGAUGCAGCUGAAUGAGAUCAAACCGGGUUUGCAGUACAAGCUGCUCUCGCAGACCGGCCCGGUCCAUGCGCCGGUCUUCGUCAUGACCGUUGAGGUUAACGGUCAGUUGUUCGAGGGCUCGGGGCCUACGAAGAAAAAGGCCAAGUUAAACGCCGCGGAGAAGGCCCUGCGUUCCUUUGUGCAGUUCCCAAACGCAUCCGAGGCACACAUGGCCAUGGGCCGUACGCUCACCGUCAACACGGAUUUCACC